AUGACGAUGAGCGAGGAGGAGCUGGUAUCCGUUCUGCACAACAGCAACAGCAAUUUAGUGUGCCUGGAAGGAAUCUUCACGGAGGAUCAAGUGGCCUAUCGCUUACUCGGCAAUUUGCCCAUUUCAAUAUUUGGAAUCCUCACCAACAUCAUCAAUAUUGUUGUUUUUUUGCACGCUGAUAUGAGGCGCAGUUUGGUCAAUUUAUUUCUGCUCUCGAUCAGUGCCACCGACCUGUUACUGCUCAUCUUCAACUUCUUUUUCCUCAUCUUUCCGGUGAUUGCACUGCUCUCGAAAUCAUUCAUGCUCCACGACAUCUACCCCAUCGUACUCAGGUUCAGUUAUCCACUGGCCAGGAUAGCGCAAACAUGUGGCGUUUAUUUAACAUUAUUUGUGUCAGUGCAUCGCUAUCUCGGAGUAUGCUAUCCAUUUCGAGCCAAGAGAUGGAUUACAAGGUUCCAUUUUUUAUUCCUAGAUCGAGCUUUAUAG